AUGGGGCCAUCAAACACGAAUGCAGAAGGAAGCGCCGAGCGGGAGUCGUAUGAUGCGCCCCGCCGACUUUCUGCGUUAGGCCUGCGCGGCGACACGAGUACGCGUUUACGCAAAAAGGAAACCCGUGGCGAGGUGGGAAUCGUUAGAGCAGGGGGAGCCCCAUCUGUACCUCAGAGAAGUGGCGUUGCGCUGCCGCAAGUGUCGCUGAGCGACUUGGACGAGCUCGUGGGCGAGGAAUACAGCGAGGCGGCGUUGCCCGAGGACGUGGAUGCGACGAAGGGGCAAGAGGCAACAAGAAGUCGAACUGGCGUUGCUCAGAACGUUCUCUCCACCACUGUGCGGCGUAUGGCAAGAACCCGUGAAAUGACGGAGGAGCUGCGUUUGGCAAAGAGGCAGUUAAUGUCCCUCAUGGGGGCAAAGUCGCGGACCACGGCGCCCUCGCCGGAAGAAGUGGAUGAUGCCAGUGCCUCUGCUGCGAUGCCACUGGGUGUAAAUGGCGACGGCGACGAGUUGUCAGGGUGUAUUAAUGAAAAUGAGGAUUUUCUGCUCUUGCACGUGGCGGAGGAGGAGGAUCUUGUGUCGCGGCGUACAGUUGUUAGCAAUAGUUUUGCCCUCUUACUCAGUCAAAACCCCGCGCUGGCGAUGAUGCGUUCAAGGGUGAGCCAAUUGAAGCGCCGCUAUAAAAAAGAUGGAUUUGAUCUUGACUUAACCUACAUCACCUCGCGGGUGAUCGCCAUGGGUUUUCCUGCAUGGGGGGCGGAGAAGUAUUACCGUAAUCCCAUUGAUCAGGUAGAAGGUUUUCUUGAGGGCAAACACGGAGGCCACUAUCGUAUUUACAACCUGUGCUCUGAGCGACCUGAGUAUGAUUCUCCGAAGCGGUUUCAAGGGAAGUACAGGCGUUUUCCGUUUGAGGACCAUCAUGUUCCGUGCCCUAUAAGUCUUGUGCUGGAUUUCGUCCGCGAUGCCACAUCGUUUUUAGAGAAGGACGCAAAAAACGUCGUGGUAGUACAUUGCAAGGCGGGGAAAGGCAGAACAGGAGUUAUGGUUUCGUGUCUGUUACGGUCGCUUGAUCCUGUUCGUAUUCCUGAUGCGAAGGAGGCGUUAAGCGUCUUUGGUAAGGCACGCACGUUCGACGGCCUUGGUGUAACCAUCCCCUCACAACGUCGGUACGUGCACUACUAUGACCGCAUCGUGCAGGAGUUUGGGGGGAAUCUCCCACCGUUUCGUCUACGAAAACUAUACCAGAUCACCAUUGAUUCCAAUAUCAAAUCAUCAGGCCAGGUGGAAGUGUACUUCACCGUGGAAGAGGACGGUGCUUUAAAAAUAGACUCUCGUAAGGUGUUUCCCGGACGACCCAAAAAGGAUCCCAAAGGGUUUCUUUUUUUCUUCGAGGAGGAGCCGACUCUCGGGGGCGACCUACGGUUUACUUUCUAUCAGCGUCGUAGGCUGGGCAAUGAGGAACUCUUUCAUUUUUGGCUAAACACCUCUCUUUGUAGUAAUUACGAGCGACUGUCUCUUACGGACCGCCAAUUGGACGGACGGCCCUCCAAGGUAAAGUCUGAAGAGCACUUUUUGCCGGGACCUGGCGGUAAAUGUGCUUUUUGUGGAUUAACCCUGCGACCUUGGCGACGACCA